ACUGCAUCGUCUCUCCCCUCUUCGCCGCAUUGCAUCUCGUCGCAUCGCAUCGCGUUGGCGCAUUCACCCCAUCCACACUCGUUUGGCUUUGCAUUGUUAUUCACAGGUACGUGAAUAAGCGGGCGCAUUGGGUUGCUGGGCGAAUGGCAGAGCUGGGCAGGCAUUGGGCUUGAAGGAGCCGAACGGUGACCGACCGACUGAACUACUGAUCGAUAAGACGAUUGCACACCAUGCCGUGGAGGCCACUUCCAGGCGGCGCUGUCGCCUUCGCCGUCUGCAGUCACCCUUUCCAGGCUACGCGGCCCGAAGACCUCCCCCUCCAGAUCGGCGACAACCUGUACAUCAUCGAGCUCGGCGGACCAGAUCAAGAGUGGUGUCGGGGAUAUCUGGUGGCGCCUCCGUCAUUACUGUCAGGCUUGACGAGUGAGCGAGGGCAGCAUUUAGAUCAUCGCGUCUUCACUGGCAUCUUCCCUCGGAACUGCGUGGAAGUGCGAGAGCUGGUGGGAGAGAACAAAAGCAAUGGAGAUACAAGCAAUGGUCCCGUGGGUGGCUUGGAUGGCGCCGACGAUGAGCACGAGGAGGAUGUUGCGGAGAAGAGGAAGAGUCAAGUAUACAACUUGCGCCGCCUUAGCAAAGCCCUCACGAAGAGGAUGAGUGUGGGCGACCUCAUCCCUCGGCGGGAGCGGCCAGCACUCGUCAGCGUGGCCGACCCAUUGCUCCGCGACGCCAAUGGCAGUAAGCCCCUUGCUCCUGUACCGAUGUUGAGGGUGGGCGACGAGGCUGGCCAAGCGGUGGAGGAGCCGCUCGUUGACGAGAUUGCCUCAUGUCUGCGAGAAUGGCACGACGAACGGUUGCACGAAAUGCUGCUCUCCAAGGGGAACAUUGAGUUUGGGCCCAUUACCGAGCUCAUCAAGCGCCUCGACACCAGUCGCAAGCAGCUUCUCCACGAUGUCUUGACGGGCACGGAGCUUGUCAAAGUUCGUGAAGAUACCGUAUGGGACUUGGUGGCCGGCAACAAAAUGAUGAACGACGAUAUCAUCGUCCGAAGUCCGAGCGAAGGCGGCCGCAUCCUCACUGCCCAGGAUUCCGUCAUCGACAUGACCAAGCUUCAGGCCAACAUGAGCAUACUUGAUCGCCCACCGCAGACCUCUGUCGAUCCGCACAAGCACUAUCAUGUUCUGGUUGACGUACGCAACAUCGUCGGGAACCUUGAAGCUCCAGCGACAUUGCAGAUCUAUCUAUGUGCAAAAGCAUUUGGCGAGAAGGCAAGAACGAUCAGCGAAGCUUACUCCAUCACAUUACCCGUGCCUGCCGAGCUGAGCGACGAUGCAGCAAAGCAGACCAAGACGUUAUUCAUCGACCUCAGCAACACCGACGUGGGGAUUGGCACAGACACAUCGCAGCUCUAUGUCAUCUUUCGACUCAUCCGGGACGAGCCCGUACGUCAGACCAUCACACCUCAAUCGUCCAUCGGACAUUUGCAGAAACCGUCAAUCUCGAGUCUUUCCGAGGCAUCCAUGGCAGGUCAGCGAAGUCCGACUAUCAAAGGGAGGCGAAGUGUGCUCCGGAAGAAUCCGUCUAUCCGCGGAGGCAUCGACUCUGCAUCUCGCCCGGAAACUGGCCUGUCGCAGAGAACCGAGGGCUAUAGCAGCCAUUCGAGAUCUGACUCGAGUCGAUUGCGCGAGACUAAGAUGGUGAAGCGGAUUGCCGGAGUAGGGGCCGUUGACAUUGGCAAAGUAGCGCGACAGCAGUCUGUGCUGGUCACAGAUGUCACGCUCUGGGCUCCAAACUUCUCUAUGGAAGAAGACAAGAGUAAUGAGACCGAGGACUGGAGCGAGGUAAUACGGGACGUUCUCCGCAGUGCCAACGGCAGCUACUCGCGCGUCGGUAUUCUCAAACGCUUCGAAGUCGGCAUCACUGCAUUUGCCGAAAGCGACCUCGAGGCGCUGUAUCGCAACAAUCCCACGCAGCUCUUCAACGUGCACAUGACCCCCAAAAUCGGCUUCUCCGGCGUGCCCACGGAAAAGCGCAACGACAUUUACCUGACCCUGGCGGAACCGCUUCUCGCCAGAAACGCCGCUCUUCUACACUCCAAAUUCGGCAACAUCCCGCUCAGUCAACGAUCGCACUCCGCCAUGAGCAAUUUGCAGCUCACCCUGGAGGUGCGCCGGGCCAAUGGUGAGCGUAUUGAGAACUGCAUUUUCACUUCCGCGAACACCGACGGGCAUACUGCUUGGCGGACAACAGGCGUCGAGCGGGAAGAGGCUUGGAAUCAGACCAUCCGGCUUGUCGUGCCUACUGAAGACAUACCGGGUAGCCACGUCGUCAUGAGCAUCGCGGAUGCGCCCAAUUUCCCUUUUGCUCUCGCGUGGAUCCCACUUUGGGAAGCGGAGGCUUUCGUUCGAGACGGAGAGCACCAAGUCGCGCUUUAUGUGUACGACGAAUACUCAUCCAGCAUGAUUGGCGGCAAAGGCGCAUACCUCGCCCUUCCUCCGUGGCAUGACAAAAAGAAUGAGCCUGCGUAUGGCACCUCGGCCACCAUCUUGGUAAGCACCUUCCUUUGCAGCACUGCAUACUCUCAAGAUCCCACUUUGCUGGGCCUCUUGAACUGGCGCAACUUCCACGGAUCGGAACUCAUCGAGCUGCUGGAGCGAUUCCCCUUUGUUCCCGAGAUUGAAAUCGUCAAGCUGUUGGAAUACAUCAUUCUUUCGCUCUUCCAGAUGCUGGACGAGUAUGCCGGCAGUGAGGUUUACGAAGAUCCCAUCUUCUACAACUUCGUCAUCAUCAUGGGCAUUGCGCGCGACAGGCGUUUCUCGCUCGACAAUGUGAUCGAAAAUCAUGCGCCAUCGCUUCAUGAUUGGCCAUCCGCCAGCCAAUCCCUCGUCAAGGCUUAUCAACGUCUGGUGUCUAACCCCAUGGAUUCGAGCAGCUCUCGCAAGUUGAGGGCUACUCUGAAAGUCGGCGACCAGAUGCUUAGGCUGAUCGUGGAGACGAAGAAGGAACGACCGCACAGCUCCCAUCAAGUGAAUGGCGACAGCGACCCCGAUUCUUCUGAACGCCAUCCGGACUUCGCACAUGAUCUCCAACGCCUCUUCGUCGCAGUGAUGGCCCUCAUGCGUAAUCCCAUGGCUAUCCUGCUGGGGACACAGACGCUUGUUGUCCAGCACUUCCACACCUGGCUUCCAGAGCUGGCUUCGUUGAUGCCGCCAGCCGACAUCUUCGAAGUCGCGACGAACAUGCUCGACGCCUGUGCGCACGCCAAAGGGAAGUUGAUUCUUCACCGCCUGGUACUUAUCUGGCAUUAUACUCAUCUGGACAUUUUCAAGACGCCAGAGGUCAGGGCGUUGCUGAUUGCGAACACCUUGCGCUGGCUGGAUCCAUACUGGGGGGAGAACCCCGACGUUACGAAUCAAUGGAGCAGUCAAGUUCGGCUGUGCUGUUCAAUUGUGGCAGCGCAAAUGGAAGAGAUGGGCGACGGCGGUUGCCAGUAUAUUCCCAAGAUGGUCUCUUCAUAUGCUGCUCUGCAGAACAGCCCGCACGAAGCGAAGAAGAGUUUCAGCCUGCUCUUCCCCUGCACUUAUCCGUUCCCGACAAAGUCAACACCGAACGAAAUCACAGUCGACGAGGCCAGGCUGGAACUCACUGCUCUCCUCGCCGCGACGAUGACGUCUCAGCAUAGGCUGCAUUUUGACACGAGUCAGGUGGAUGUGGCUGCCGUCCUGCUGCAGUGCCUUAAAGUGCAGCAGAGUGUGCUGAAUGGCGAGGCCUUCUCGAAGACGUGGCUGAGCUUGUAUGUUGUUCACCAUCGCUUUGUCAUCACCGGUUUGGAGCGCAUCUACGAAGCACUUGUCGAUCUCCUGCCCCAUACCAGUGGAGCCGACAUGGCCGAUGCGAUUGAAUUCGAUACAGACCUGUGGCGUGCUUUCUUUGACACCCUGUUCAUGGCUGUUAGUAGCCCGGCACUCGCAAUGGAGACUUUCCCAGAGCAGAAGCGCCGAGCGAUUUGGAAAAUCGCUGGGGAUGUGCGAGAGAUGGGCGCGGACUUGGUCCGACGAAGCUGGAAUGCCAUGGGCUGGGAGACGGAUCCCGAAAGCCGCGAGCUGCACGGCUUCGAGCGCAUGGGCGGGUACCAGGUGCAGUUUGUCCCUGACCUCAUCCCUUCUAUUGUUGAGCUGUGUCUGAGCGUGCAUGCUGGCUUGCGCUCCGUCGCGAUUGAGGUCCUACGCACAAUGAUCAUCAGCUCGUGGGAGCUCGAUCAGGAUCUGUCCAUUGUUCAGUCUACUAUGGUCGAUUGCCUCGACCGGCUCUGCCGCUCCAAAGAGAUGACGGAGACAAUAGUGCGGACGACAUUCAUCAACGAAAUGGCCGAGCAGUUUCAGCCUCUUCAACAGUCGAUCGAGGACAGCCUGUACAAUGCCGUCAUGGAGAUGUUCCGGAAGAUCGCAGCGCUGCUGGUUCUGCUCACCAAGGUCCAUCAGGGAGGUGUCGGCAAUGAGACGAUGCGCAUUGUUGACACGUUGCGGCUGAUGGAGUCCCUCAAAGACGUGCAGUCUGAAGGGGCGUUUGUCAGAUACGUUCACCAGCUGGCUGCGCUGCAAGUGGCGGCUGGAAACCAUACCGAAGCCGGUUUGGCACUGAAGAUGCACGCUGAUCGAUACGAGUGGAACCCGAACACUCAGCUGCCUGCACUGACGGAUCCACAAAUGCCUGCGCAGACGGCCUUUGAGCGGAAGGAGGGCCUUUACUUUGACCUUUGCCAACACUUUGAAAAGGGUAAUGCCUGGCAAUCCGCGCUGAUGGCUUACCAUGAGCUUGCCAUGCAGUAUGCGCAGAACACUUUCGACUACUCCAAGCUCGCCCGUGCGCAGCGUUCUCAGGCUACGAUGCACGAGCGGAUUGCGCGAGGCGAUCGCGUCGUCCCCCGCUACUUCCGCGUCGUCUACAAAGGCUUCGACUUCCCCCUCAGCGUGCGCGACAAGGAGUUCAUUUUCGAAGGCCAGCCCAGCGACCGCCUCGCCGCAUUCGAAGAGCGCCUGCAGCAAGAACACCCCAACGCCACGAUCUUGCACUCGCCUACGGAGCCCGACAUCGACGGCCAGUACCUGCAUGUGUAUCCUGUCAGCCCUAACAAGGACUUGAACCACAUGGUGUACCAGCGCAUGCGCGUCUCGCAGGCCGCGCGCGAAUACGCUUUGAUGUCGAAUCCGCAGCUGUUCACUACUACUUCGCGCCAGCCGCAGUACGAUGUGCCGAUCACCGAGCAGGUGGUCGAGAAGACUAUUUACACCACUGCCGAGCCGUUUCCGACUUUGCUGCGUCGAAGUGAGAUCGUUGCCACGGAUACGAUUACUCUGUCGCCCAUUCAAGCGGCCGUGGAACGCACGACGAGGAAGACGCAAGAACUAUAUGCAUUGGAGAAGCGCGUCGAGAACGGCGAAGACGGCGACAUCAUGGGCCGCCUGUCCGAUGAAAUCUUGCUCUCCGUCGACCCGGACUCGGACAGCAGCGUCGCGCGCUACCGCACCCUCCUCCCCUCCUCUGAACAAGGCGACGUCACCUCCGAAGACGCAACGUACUCCAUGCUCGAACGCGAAGCGGACGAAGCGAUGGAUCCGAUGCAGAAUGCACUGAACGUUGCGCUUCUCGACCACGCGAUCGCUAUCCGCCGCUGUCUUGCGCGCUUCACUCGGUCUGAACAUCGUGCUACGAAAGCCGAGCUUGUCCCGCGGUUUGAAACGACUUUUGAGCGCGAGCUAGCUCUGCUGUUCCCGCAGAAGGAGGCGGCUGCUGCUGGGUUCGUGGAGGAGCAACCUGACGGUCCGCUUCCGGAAGUCAACCCUAAAACCCUCGUGGCAGUGGUGGAUCCGCGACGAACUGCUGAGCCUGAAGUCGUCCCUGGUGCGCAAGAGCCAGUUCCAACCCAAGGCGAGGAUCAACGGAGUCGUUCGCGCCGUCGCUCCUUCCUCCGCCGUAUUGGCUCAAACUCAUCAAACAGACUUCCCGUCAACGGCACGGGACCUGCAAAUACGACAGCCGGAGGCGGUAUCGACAACAACGACGACAGCACAUCACGCCCGCGCAGCCGAAGCAACAGCCGCCAGCGAUCAGGCAGUCUAACGCGCCGGUUGAGCUUUUUCCGCAGCUCGUCGCGCGAUCGUGGCGCUGAUGCGCAGGAGCGGCGUCCGAGCGUGUCGAGUCGGGUGUCGGACAAGGCUUCGAGUGUUAGUGGUGGCGGCGGUUUAAAGACGCGGCUGAGCUUUUUGAAGAUCGCGAACCGGAGUGGGCUUACGGGGGGGAGGGAUGGGGAGGAGUAUUGAGCUUUUCACUUCUUUUGUGUUGUGCGUGCGGUGCUUUGAGAGAUACCCCUUUUCUUCUUUUGUUCGCAGUGGUGCAAGGUGAAAGCGUGGAACACGAUCAAUACUAGUAUAGUGGU